CCUUUCGCCGCCAAACAAGAAGACCAAGAGGCAGAAAAAGCAAUCAUAACAUUUUUACGCGUUUAUUUUGGUUGUGGUGCCGUGAAAAGAAUUAUAGUGUUUUUUGCUGUUAAAAAAUCCUGUUUCCGACUAAAAUUUAUCGUUGAUUAUUAAACUUUACUUGUAUUAACUAGUCGAACUAUUAUAGUUCCGAGAAAGCUAUCAGUUCAGCGAGAAACGACGACCUCGAUAUUGUGUGCUCCAAGGCUGACGAAAUCGAGCAAUUUUUUACGCAUCAAAACGUAAGGAAGUCGAAAAAAAUCAAAAUGGACAAUAAUUUGGCCGACGAUCCGAACUUUAUCGAUGCGAUAGUGAAGGAGGUCAAAUCUCAAGGUCUGUUCGAUCAGUUUCGAAAGGAGUGUUUGGCGGACGUCGACACCAAACCGGCCUACCAGAACCUCCGGCAGCGGGUGGAAAGCUCGGUGAGCAAAUUUCUCUCUCAGCAGAAGUGGAGCGACAACAUUCGCCACAAGAACCAGCUACGGGAGAAGCUGCGGAAGAAUAUCAUAGACUCCGGAUUUUUGGAAACCGGCGUCGAGCGCAUCGUCGACCAGGUAGUCAACCCCAAAAUAUCAACCGUAUUCCAUCCCAAAGUGGAGGAUAUAGUGUACAACUAUCUGGGCAUCGAAAAGCCGAAGCCGGCUGUUAACGGAAGUGGUGGCUUGGAUGUGCAAACUGAUUUCCUACCGGAAGAUUUGGAAGCUGUAAGUCCCGAUUCGGACAAAAAGUCAUCGAGUGCUUCAUCGGACAUACAUCCGCCGAUGGAGCCUAACCAACAUGAAGAGCUGAAGGAAAACAUUGAUGAUUUCGAGUCGCCGGCCUUUGAACCACUGGAAACGCGGCCUCCUAGCCAGACGAAAUACGAAAGUAAUGACUCGCAUGCCUCGGCCAUUAGUGGUCUGACGUCCCAGGAAUCCGUUGAGGAUGAAUUGGUGAACGAGUCAGUAUCCGAGCAAGUUGGUUUCGAACCUGCUGAUAAACAGCAAGCGAAUAAUGUUAACGAAAUACUGGUCAGCGUUUCGGGUAUGGCCGGUAACAGUCCGGGAAAAGUAAGCCCGGAAAUCGCACAGAACGAUUCUCAGUUGUCACAGGUAUCUAGCAACAGUCGAUUAUCCAUCAUCACCAACUCGGAAACUACUGGCCAGCAACAACAACAAGAGCAAGAUAAAUUGGGAGAUCCCCGGCUAGACAUAACGGAAGAAGCACAGAUGCCAAAGUUCAAUGAAAACUCCAACGAGGAAGAAGGUGAACUAUCCGAUAGCAACGAUGGUGAUCCGGGUGCUAGUUCGGAGUUGGAGCCCCAAAAAUCCAACUUCGAUUUGCGGCAGGAAGCGUACGACUUUAAAGGUACUGAUCGGAACAGAUAUCUUGGCACGGAACUAGAAGGCGAGCUAGGAGAAAGAUUCACCGGCAGAUCGGGUUCUGGUAAUAAUGACGGUUACGCUAGAGACGAGCCGACAGAACCGGAGGAACAGCAUCGGAUUGGAUCUUCACCGUUGGCUCCGGCCAGAUUCGAGGAAAACUCAUCCCACUCGGAACGAUCCUUGAGAAUUUGUGAAGAUUCUACUCUGGAACAGAAAACUUUAGACACCAGCGACCAAGUGGACAACGGCGAUUCUGCUAAGACACCGUUGAAUGAUGAGCAUAGUACCCAGUCGGCACCGGAUGUCGACAAAAUGGAUUCAUCGCCGGUGGAAGUUAUCAGUUUGGCUGCCAUUCAGCAACAUGUUGCUGACGGAGAUUCACGUAAGGAUCGUCACCGUGGACGUGACAGCGACCGUAAGCGACAUUCAUCAUCGCAUCGUCACGGUUCGUCUUCGCGGGACGACCGAAAACAAAAGCCAAGUAGCACCAGCAGUCGCAGAUCUGAUCGAGAUCGAGAUCGCAAGCACGAAAACGGAAAUAGCAACUCAAACAGUGGAAAUUCGAGAAAAACUCAUGACAAGCGUAAGGAAGACGAUGACCAUUACAGUUCACACGAAAAGCCAACAAAACGACGUCGAUCAACAGAUAGAGACUCAAACGAUGGGGCUGAAUGUGGUAAAUAUUCUAGGGCUUCCGGACAAGGUUCGGUUCGAUCUGGAGAACCUGCUCAGGAUACCGGGAGAGAUGCACAAAAUAGUGAAAAACGUGGCGAAGGAAACCAGGAUAGUCAAGCUCAGUUGAACGAUUCGUUAGAAUCAAGCUUUGAAGGAUUUCAUGAGGAUCAAAUGCAUGAUAAUCCGAAGAAAAUGGACAAAUUGGCAAUGAUUUUGGCAAAAUCUUCAAGCAAAUUGAAGUCGACUGAAUGUUCUCAUAAAACAAUUAAAAAGACGAAGAAACCCAUUCACAAAUCACCGAAGGAUGUCGAUCGCAAAAAUGCUACCAGUAAUAUGGAUGUCUUUGCCUUUUCUUUCGAUAAGCCGGCAAAAUUGGGUAAAAAUGGAGAAACAGAUCAUGACGAUGUAGAGCCAGUUCUACCAGAAGUCGACUCAUUUGAUAAUUUAGAAGAAGGUGUCAUUGUUCUGGAACCGACAGAGCUGGCGAAGGUAAUUGAAGCCAAUGAACAACAGUUUGCCCAAGCGACUGUUUCAAGCGUUGUUGACGACGACGACGACGAAAUAGUUCAAACUGCACCUCACACCUUCCCUAUCACCAAUCCGGAUGAUUUGGUCACUUUGACUACCCAGCCUGUAAUCGUAGAUCAAAUGUUAACCAAUGGAGAUAACAUGGAUCUUGAGUUGCUGAUCGGUGAGAAGCAAUUGCGCGGUGACGAAAGAACACUGGACAAAAUCCAACAAGGCUUGGACGUCGCCAAGAAUAGAAUACGUAAACCGAAGAUCGCAUCCAACUUCAGCGAGGCUCGUAAAAUCAUGAAAGUCCGAAGGCAGAUCGAGCGAGAGGAGAAAAAGAAGCGAGAACAAGCAAUGGCUCUCGCUAAAAAGCUGAUCACCGAAAAUGGAAAUGAUCAGGACGAUCAAGGAAUUGAACUGGAAUUUGUUUGCGAUGCCAAUAGGAAUAGUUCAGGGCCGAUCAUUUCGUCGCCGGUCAGACAAAAAGCGUCGAAGCCCAAUAGUAGCUUUGAGGAAGAAUCGGACUUACGGUAUCUUCCAGAAGAUGAUCAAAUAUUUGGCGAAAAAAAAGAUUUACUAGAGUUCUUGCGACAUAGGACCGCCGGCGUUGCUGUCCCAGAUGAUUUCAAGCAAAAUGAGAGCCGACUAUAUUCGUUGGAUUCAACACCUCGCCACGAAAAGAGUGCACGAAAUAUAUUUCCAGACAACGAAGACGAAGAAACAAUGACCGUGGAAUUGGCUGAUCCCAUAAACGACCAGCCAUCAGUUUCCAAGUCAGACGCCGGUGACCACCCACACAGCUUCAAGGAGCAGAAACAGCAAUCACCGGUGCCAUCAGUAGCAGUAGUGAAAUCAUCAGCUUCAACCGAUAGUAUCGAGAGAGCCUCAGAGCUGGUCGAAAAAGCAACAACACCCAAGCAACGAACAUCGAAGAGAAAACAAUCGCGAUCGCCUCCUAACGCUGCCGCUUCUACAGAAAUCGAUUUUGAAGCGUGCCUCCCGGUACAACGGAUUGACAAAGAGGAUCAGCAGGCGUCUAAAACAGACGAUGAAAUCGUUCAACCUUGUAAGGAAAGUUUUAACACACCAAAUAAUGUAAGGAAAGCAAGACGAGUAGGACUACCCAAGCCAAAAGCCAUUACCAGCACCGCAAUCCUCACCGUGGACAUUUCCGACGUCAAGCCGCUGACCGAGGGUAAAGAAUCACCGGGAAACAACAAUAAUGGCAUUCUCAAAGCGAAGCGCUAUAGCAGUGACGAUUUGUACAAACCACGCUACAAUUCGCGAACUCGUACCAGGGCUAGUGAGCAAGUGGGCAUUUAGUUUUACUGCGGAACAGUCGGUUUAAUAAGCUAAAAUUACAAUCUGUUAAUAAACAAAGUUUAUGCACCAUG